AUGGCACUCACUGGAGCUGAAGUCGCAAAACACAAUAACCCCGAGUCGUGCUGGGUGAUUGUCCACGGCAAAGCAUACGAUGUCACCGAGUUUCUUCCUGAACAUCCUGGAGGCGAACGUAUCAUCUUGAAGUAUGCCGGCAAAGAUGCGACUGCGGCAUUCGAUCCCAUUCACCCUUCGGACACAAUGGACAAAUACCUGGACGAUUCGAAGCAUCUUGGGCCUGUCGACAUGAGCACAGUAGCCGCGGAAGAGGAGGAGGUGGUGGACAACGAAGAAAAGGAGCGAUUACAGAGGGUAGCCCAAAAGCCUUUACUGUCACAAUGUUACAACCUAUACGACUUUGAGGCCGUCGCAAGGCGAACAUUGAAAAAGAGUGCCUGGGCUUAUUAUUCCAGUGCUUCUGACGACGAAAUUACCAUGCGAGAGAAUCACAAUGCAUUCCAUCGUAUUUGGUUCCGGCCUAAGGUUCUUGUCAAUGUCGAGCAUAUCGAUUUAUCCACCACCUUACUUGGAUCACCAUCAUCUGUUCCGUUUUUCGUGAGUGCCGCGGCACUGGGCAAACUUGGACACCCAGAGGGUGAAGUCGUCAUUACGCGUGCCAGCGGGACUCACAACAUCAUCCAAAUGAUUUCAACACUUGCCUCAUGCUCUUUUGAUGAAAUCCUUGAUGCCAGACGCGACGAUCAAGUGCAGUGGCUGCAACUCUAUGUCAACAGAGACCGUGAGAUCACGAAGAAGCUGGUCCAACAUGCGGAGAAAAGAGGAUGCAAGGCACUGUUUAUAACUGUCGAUGCACCGCAGCUGGGGAGACGGGAAAAGGAUAUGCGCAGCAAGCAUGUUGAUGUGAGCACCGACAUUCUGAAUGGGCAAAAAACAAACACCAGCCAAGGUGCCGCCAGAGCCAUCACCUCCUUCAUCGACCCUAGUCUCAGUUGGGCGGAUAUCCCUUGGUUCCAGAGCAUCACCAGGAUGCCUAUUGUUCUCAAAGGAAUACAGCGUGUUGAAGAUGUUAUCCGUGCUGUUGACGCCGGCGUCCAAGGUGUAUUGCUCUCGAAUCACGGUGGUCGGCAACUCGACUUUGCACCAUCUGCGAUCGAGGUGCUGGCCGAAACGAUGCCCGUGUUGCGCGAACUGGGGCUCGACAAGAAGAUUGACGUGUUCGUUGAUGGUGGGAUCCGCCGCGGCACGGAUAUCGUCAAAGCUCUAUGCCUCGGUGCCAAAGGAGUUGGCAUCGGACGUCCCUUCUUGUAUGCAAUGAGUGCAUAUGGCCAAGAGGGUGUGGAAUGGGCGAUUCAACUGCUCAAAGAUGAAAUGGAAAUGGACAUGCGUCUGAUCGGGUGCAACAAGAUCGAAGACUUGCACCCGGGAUUGGUCAACACACGGAGUUUACUGUCGCAUACCAACCAUACACCACUUGACAGUCUGAGUUUGACAGUCUAUGAUUCACUGUCGACCCCGACGCAGAGGCUGGUGUCCAAGUUAUAG